CUAAUGGAAAAAGAUUAUCAACAAAUUACAUGAGCAACAGGCAAAUUGUCUUCUAUCAAACCAUGAGCAACAACAGCAACAGUAGCAGGUUAAUAAACGAAACUCACACUAAACACACACACACCAAACAAUUAAUACCGAUGAACUACCCUGUUUUUCUCAAUUUUGAUUGGUUAGAUCCAAUAUCUUCUUCAUAUCAUAUGCUCUAUGAAUGGCCCAAACAUUCCUGACAGAAUUAAUUCUGAGUCCCUGUGGUGUUUUGUUUUGUUGUUUUUCUUUUUUUUGUUGUGAAUUUCGUUGCAAUAUAUAUCCACCGUUUUAUUAAUCAAACAAUGGCUUCGGAUCGUUUAAAUCUGGAAAAUGAUGUUAAAAAAGCUUGUGAAUUGAUUGAUAAAUUACAAAAAGUAGAAUAUAAUGCUUGGCUUUCAAGCAAUUCAUCAUUGGAAAAAUUGGUUACAUUAAAAAAAAUAUUUGAAAGUGAUUUUUUCAAUGCUGUACGUGAAGUUUAUGAACGUGUAUAUGAAACGGUUGAUAUAACCGGUAGUCCAGAUAUACGAGCUUCAGCAACAGCCAAAGCAACUAUUGCCGUAUUUGCUGCAUCCGAAGGUCAUGCACAUCCAAGAAUUGUUGAACUGCCAAAAACCGAUGAAGGACUAGGUUUCAACGUAAUGGGUGGCCGUGAACAGAAUACACCUAUUUAUAUAUCACGUAUUAUACCGGAUGGUGUUGCCGAUCGUCAUGGUGGCCUAAAACGUGGUGAUCAACUUAUAUCUGUGAAUGGUGUUAAUGUUGAAAAUGAAUCACAUGAAAAAGUUGUCGAAUUAUUAAAAUCAGCUAUCGAUAAAGUAACAUUAGUGGUACGAUAUUCACCAAAAGUAUUGGAAGAAAUGGAAAUGCGUUUCGAUAAACAACGUAUGCGACAUCGUAAAUUUAAAUGAAAAUCUACCAUUCAUUCGAUCAAUGUUCGAUAUUUUUGUAAUGUUGUCCACUACCAUUCACCACACACACAUUCCAUUAUUGUAUUCAAUUUUAUUAUCUAAAAUUCU